AUGACCAUCGCACACACGGGCAUCAAGGUCGCCGCGGCACAGCACGCCGCCGUCGUAGCGUGGUACGAAGCCGCGCUGGCGUCCAUCGGCUACAAGAACGCCAUGUCCUUCGCCGAGGGCCAGGUCGUCGGCUUCGCCGAUUCCGCGGGCCACAUCGACUGGUGGAUCACGGCGGCGACGGCCCAGGACGGCGCAACUGCCAUUCUCCCGACGCAUACUGCAUUUGCUGCGAACGACCGGGCGAGCGUGGACCGAUUCCAUGCCGAUGCCGUAGCGGCAGGCGGCACAUGCAACGGCAAGCCGGGCAUCAGGCCGUUUUCGGGGCCGACUUACUAUGCGGCGUUUGUGCUGGAUCCGGCGGGGAAUAACAUCGAGGUUGUGUGCACUGCUGAGGCUUAA